AUGGAUAGUGGAGGAGAUAGUGAUGGCGCGGGUGAUUCAGAUACUGGUGGGAUUAAUAGCAGCGGGGCCGCGGAAGAGGGCCCAAAUGGUCUUGUCGGCUGCAGAGGAUUGCGUGCAAGUGCAGCCAACAGAUCUUAUGUUGGUAUGGACGUAGAAGGAGAAGGAGAUUCGGAUGCUUUUGAUGGAGAAAACGGCACGGGCGGUCUUGGCAGUGGUGAUGAUGUCUCUGGUAGUGGGAAUCGGCGUCGAAGAAAACCAAAUGAUGACGAUGAACCAUUUGAGAUACGGCUCAAAGAACCUGCUGAAGCUCGAUUUCCACAUCUAAUGCGUAAGACCUCAGAAGCGACUCGUCGGCGACGAGAGCGCGUCGGGUUUGGCGUGUCACGUGGUCCGAAUGGUCCUAGCUCGACUAAACCAUAUCGACAGACUGAUGGUAUGGCUGCUAAUGAGGCAGCUGAGGCAGGCAGCUUAAAGCGUUUUGUACAUCGUCUUGAUUGUCUACUUGAAAAUGAAGAUCUAGACCUCAAGUUCCCAGUCACAUCUGAUGGAGCACUUAAG